AUGGUUCCGAAACCUCCGAGAUUAUUUACCCGGCGCUCAACACCCGCAACAAGAGUCUUCCCGAACCUCCGGAACAUCCAGCCCGGAUUGCAACCACGGCGAGGCGGCAUCCCCAAGAACCCGAACGAUGCGGAACGGAGGAAGACCCUGCGCUCCAUGUACCAGGACAUGGGCGUCAUGGUGUACUCUGGCAUCAGCACGGAGCAGGUAAACAGGAUCGGCGACGUGCUGAAUGAGGCUACCAAACCGAGUUUCCGGCUCAGCAUGCCCCCGAAGGAGCAGGGCGAUGCCAAGUUUGACAAGUUCACCAUGUACCGGCUGCAGACGGAGGAGUGGCAUGUCGACCAGGUUUUCAAGCCCAAGCGUGGAUCCAUCACUCUCGAAGGAUUGUUCGACUUGGCUCUCAAGGCGGCGCGGCAAUGGUCAGGCCAUAUCUUGGAAAAGGCCGAGGGCAUAGAGUCAUUGAAGGGUUCUUUUGGGCUUACAGAAACAGAGGUGAGAAUAGCAUACGACUCUACCAACCGUGGCGGUGUCAUCCUUCACACAGUGAACGGACCCCGACGUCUCCCCGUCGAGGCAUACGUCCUCGCAGCAGGAGGAAACAAGUUCUCACUCAGGGUGAACCUCGUCACCGCCGGCAUGAGGAAAUCCCUCGGGAGGGUAAACAUCAACCUUGUGCCAUACAAUAAGCGAAAUGGCCAUACCGACAUACCGACGUGGGAGUCGACAGUGAAAGAAAUAUUCAAACUCGCCCCGAACGACUGUGGCUCCGAUGUUGCACUACUACGGGAGACAAUGGACAGCUUUUACAAGCUGGAGCGUGAGGUUUGGGACGACAUCUACUUGAAGGAGGCUGAGGCGAAAGCCAAAAGGGAGGAAGAAGCCAAAGCCGAGAUAAAGGAAGAGGCAAAAGCCCAAGUGGAGGAGAAAGAAGCGGAGUCUCAAACUAAAAAGCCAGAAGAGAUCGAUGCUCAGCCAGAACAAAACAGUGCUGAGCCUUCCACCAAAAGUUGA